AGUGGCUGCCCCCAGGUGGUGAUGGCCGCAUGAGUGUCCACCAUGGCCCACCGGAAGCGUCAGUGUACAGCCAGCAGCAUGUUGGACCACAGGGCGAGGCCGUCCCCUGUCCCCCACAGCCAGGAGCCUGAGAGUGAGGACACUGAGUUGCCGCUGGAGGCGUAUGUGCCCAAGGGUCUGGAGCUGACCACGCUGCCGCCAGAGAGCCCCACGCCAGAGGAGCAGGAAUGCCACAACCACAGCCCCGAUGGAGACUCCAGCUCCGACUACGUGAACAACACCUCCGAGGAGGAGGACUACGAUGAGGGCCUGCCGGAGGAGGAGGAGGGCAUCACCUACUACAUCCGCUACUGUCCCGAGGAUGACAGCUACCUGGAGGGCAUGGACUGCAAUGGGGAGGAGUACCUGGCCCAUGGAGCACAUCCCGUGGACACCGACGAGUGCCAGGAGGCAGUGGAGGAGUGGACGGACUCGGCAGGCCUGCACCCCCAUGGCCACGGGUCCGAAGGGAGCCAGGACUACCCAGAUGGCCACCUGCCCAUUCCAGAGGAUGAGCCCUCUGUCCUGGAGGCCCAUGACCCAGAAGAGAGCAGCCACUACUAUCCCAGAAAAGAGAGCUACCAGGACUGCUACCCCACAGAGGCCAACGGGAAUGCAGGCAGCACCUCCCCCUACCGCCCUAGGCGUGGGGACGGGGAGCUGGAGGACCAGGAGGAGGACAUCGACCAGAUCGUGGCUGAGAUCAAGAUGAGCCUGAGCAUGACCAGCAUUACCAGCGCGAGUGAGGCCAGUCCUGAGCAUGGGCCUGAGCCAGGGCCCGGGGACUCCACAGAGGCCUGUCUGCCUGGCAAGACCAGCCACAUUCCCAGCAGGCACGAGGCAAGGCCCAAGUCCCUGAACCUUCCCCCUGAGGCCAAGCACCACCCUGGAGAUGCUCUGAGAGGCUUCAAGACCAAGACCAGGACCCCAGAGGAGAGGCCACAAUGGCCCCAAGAGCAGGUUUGCAAUGGUUUGGAGCAGCCCAGGAAGCAACAGCGCUCGGAUCUCAAUGGACCGGUUGACAAUAACAACAUCCCAGAGACAAAGAAGGUGGCAUCGUUUCCAAGUUUUGUGGCUGUUCCAGGGCCCUGUGAACCGGAAGACCUCAUCGAUGGGAUCAUCUUUGCUGCCAACUACCUGGGGUCCACCCAGCUGCUUUCAGAACGAAACCCUUCCAAAAACAUCAGGAUGAUGCAAGCCCAGGAGGCUGUCAGCCGUGUCAAGAGGAUGCAAAAGGCUGCUAAGAUCAAGAAGAAAGCGAAUUCUGAGGGAGAUGCCCAGACGUUGACGGAAGUGGACCUCUUCAUCUCCACCCAGAGGAUCAAGGUUCUAAAUGCAGACACACAGGAGACCAUGAUGGAUCACGCCUUGCGCACCAUCUCCUACAUUGCCGACAUCGGGAACAUCGUGGUGCUGAUGGCCAGACGCCGCAUGCCCCGCUCGGCCUCUCAGGACUGCAUCGAGACCACUCCCGGGGCUCAGGAGGGGAAGAAGCAGUACAAGAUGAUCUGCCACGUGUUCGAGUCCGAGGACGCCCAGCUCAUCGCACAGUCCAUCGGCCAGGCCUUCAGCGUGGCCUACCAGGAGUUCCUGCGAGCCAACGGCAUUAAUCCUGAGGACCUGAGCCAGAAGGAGUAUAGCGACAUCAUUAACACCCAGGAGAUGUACAACGAUGACCUCAUCCACUUCUCCAACUCGGAGAACUGCAAGGAGCUGCAGCUGGAGAAGCACAAGGGCGAGAUCCUGGGCGUGGUGGUUGUGGAGUCGGGCUGGGGCUCCAUCCUCCCCACAGUGAUCCUGGCAAACAUGAUGAAUGGUGGCCCCGCCGCGCGCUCGGGGAAGCUGAGCAUUGGUGACCAGAUCAUGUCCGUCAAUGGCACCAGCCUGGUGGGGCUGCCCCUUGCCACCUGCCAAGGCAUCAUCAAGGGCCUGAAGAACCAGACACAGGUGAAGCUCAACAUUGUCAGCUGUCCCCCAGUCACCACUGUCCUCAUCAAGCGGCCAGACCUCAAGUACCAACUGGGCUUCAGUGUGCAGAAUGGAAUUAUCUGCAGCCUCAUGAGAGGAGGCAUCGCCGAGCGAGGGGGUGUCCGCGUCGGCCACCGCAUCAUUGAGAUCAAUGGGCAGAGUGUGGUGGCCACAGCCCAUGAGAAGAUCGUCCAAGCUCUGUCCAACUCUGUUGGGGAGAUCCACAUGAAGACCAUGCCCGCCGCCAUGUUCAGACUCCUCACCGGCCAGGAGACCCCAUUGUACAUCUAG